CCAGCUCUCUGGACGCACCAGUCAGUUCAACCGGCAAGGCCUCUCGUUUUCUCAGAGCAAGGGAGCACGGUAGUUUUCAUCGGCCAGGAUGGAUGUACUGAUGAAGGGGUUCUCCAUGGCCAAGGAGGGAGUGGUGGCCGCCGCAGAAAAGACCAAGGCCGGCGUGGAGGAGGCCGCAGCCAAGACCAAGGAAGGGGUGAUGUAUGUCGGCAAUAAGACCAAGGAGGGAGUCGUGUCAGGCGUAAACACAGUGGCCAACAGGACCACCGAGCAGGCCAACAUCGUCGGGGAUGCAACGGUUGCCGGGGCCAACGAUCUGUCACAGGCGAGCGUGGAAGGGGUCGAGAACGUCGCCGCGUCGACCGGGUUGAUUAACCAGGAGGAGCCUGUACACGAGGGAGAAUAUGGGGGAGCGGAGCAAGGUGGUGAAGGUGGGGAGGUAAGGGAAUGGAUGGAGAGCAGCGACUGGGAGUUCGGUCCAUCAAAUGAAGUGGGCUGA